AGGUCGUUAUACAAGUAUGAGACUCACAUCUCAGGUGAUUAAUGAUGCACCGAUAGUACUUAACCCCGAGAACAAACUCACGUUACAAUUACGCAAUUUGCAGAUCCCCACCAUUGAAAACCUUGGGAUAACGCAGGAUAAAUACCAAGUGAUUGAUUUAACUAAUAAUGAGCUAGUCGACUUGAGUAAUGUUCCUGGAGGGUUCAAGAAUUUAGAAACUUUGCUAUUGGCAAAUAAUAACAUUGCAUAUAUUGAUGAGAACUUCCCUGAGGAUAAUUAUGUGACUUCCAUCUCAUUAGCCAAUAAUAACAUAUACAAAUUCCAAAUAGACUUUAGGGAUAAAUUUAAACGACUUGAAAAUUUGGUGUUGUUAGGCAAUCCCAUUACUGAAUUAAGAAAUUAUCGUUUGUUUAUGAUUUGGUUGAUUCCCACAUUAAGAGUGCUUGACUUUAAGAAAAUAAAACAAAAUGAGCGACAAGAAGCAGUAGCCAAGUUUGGUGAUUUAACUAGUGAGUUUAACCCCGAAGUAUUGGCAAUGUUGUCCAAGUCGUCGUCGUCGUCGUCGUCGUCAUCAUCCUCGUCUCAGGCACGUUCCACCAAUGGUGUCGCGACAAAUGAUACCAGCGCAGCCACUAAAACCAUGACUACUAUGGUUAAAAAGUUGACUCAAGAAGAACGUCGACAGUUGUUGCAUAAGCUCCAGCUGGCUACUAGUAUUGAUGAAAUUGACCAAAUUGAAACUGCAUUGAAACAGGGAAGUGUAUAACCGAGCAGCAGCAGGAGGAGUGUAUAGAGAGAAAGAGAUGUAAUUGUAACAAUAGUUUUUUUUUUUACCUAUUCAUACAGAAUGUGUAAGUU